CCAAUAAGCGUCGAGUAAAAGAUGGCGUCGGUGAGCAGGCACCUCGGAGUGAGAGCCGAGCGUCGCACGGUCAGUAAACACUACUGGAACCAACACUGUGGCAAUUGAAACAACGGCGGUAGCUGACGUUGAUCGCCCCCACGUACACCUGGAAGAGAGCUUCGGUGGUGUCGGUGUUCAGUUCCCGAUCCGAUCGCUCCAGUCUUCGGCCUCGGGGGGAACUCGUUCGCGUCAAGUUGGAAAAGCUCCGCUAGCCCGGGUUAGCCGAGAAGCCUCAUCCACUCUCUGGAUUGUUCUCAUGGACAUUCAUGGACUCGCAACGGCAACAAAAACACUUGAUGUAUUUGUAUUUUUUUCUCGUUUGAGUUCUCACUUACUGGCCCAGUAUGUGUGAAGUGGUUUAAAAAAUACACACUCGCGGUGGAGUAGGAAAAAAAGAGGGCCAGUCGAGCCGGAGCCAGUUGGCCGACAUGUAUUUCCUCACCGGCUGGCCACGGCGGCUUAUGUGCCCGCUGAGGAGCGCGGAGGAGCCCUUCCACAUCCAGCCCAGCUCGCAGCGUUUCUACUUCGCCCUGCUUUCCGAGACACAGCUCAGCAUCUGGUUCAGUCGGCCCAGUGUUUUGAUUGUGAGCUACAUCGAGUCUGCCAAGGCAGUGGCACAGUUUGGAUUCUACCAGAAAGCAGAAUGGAAACCAGACGACUCCAUGAUAGCCGUGGUGACCGCUAAAGGCUACAUCCUCUUGUUCACCGUAGUGGGCGGUGGGGAUGACAAGUACCUCUACGAAGCGACAUACCCCAAGGGUAGCCCCCGUCUGAAGGUAACCCCGGGUUACAAGGAGGAGCAAUGUGCCCCCGCUUUGUCGCUGGAGAUCAAAAAACCUGUCGAUCUGGAGGCCCCCAUCACCAGUCUCCAGUCCCUUCAGGAUGAGCUGCUGGUGUGCACAGCGGACGGCUACCUCCACGUGCUGCACUGGGACGGCCUGGGAGGCAACGGACGCAAAACCAUCUGCCUCACCGCCGUCCCAUUCUCGCUCGACCUGCAGUCUGCCCGAGGCGGCCCAUCUCUGGACCUGGAAGGUGUUCACAUCCGCUGCGUGGAGUACUGCGAGACGCUGGACGGCUUCGCUGUGGUGCUCAGCGACGGCCGUCUGGGCUUCAUCACGCCACUCAGCAGCACCAUCACUGCGGACCAGUUGCAGGGCGUCUGGGCCGCAGAUGUGAGCGACGGCACCUGCGUGGCCGUCAACAACAAGUACAGGCUGAUGGCGUUUGGCUGUGCCAGCGGCUCGGUGCUGGUUUACAUGAUCGACACUACAACUGGAUCUAUGCAGCUCUCGCACAAACUGGAGCUGACCCCAAAACAUUACCCUGAUAUCUACAACAAGACGGGUCCAGUGAAGCUCAUAUGCUGGUCGCCUGACUAUAGCGUCGCCAUGGUGACAUGGGAGUGUGGCGGCCUAUCGCUGUGGAGCGUCUUUGGCGCCCAACUCAUCUGCACGCUGGGAGAGGACUUUGCGUAUCGAUCUGAUGGCACCAAGAAGGAUCCCCUUAAAAUCAGCUCCAUGAGCUGGGGAGCAGAGGGCUACCACCUGUGGGUGCUGCCCGCCAAGCAGACGAGGAGGACGACACAUGAGGAGCAGCAAAAAGUAGAGAUGGCAGAGGAGGCGACGGUGACCGCACCCCUCCAGUCGUCCCCACAGGCCGGCAUCUUGCAGUUUCACUUCAUCAAGAGCGCCCUUACCGUCAACCCCUGCACGAGUAACCAGGAGCAGGUGCUGCUGCACGGCGAGGACCGCCUCUACUUGACCUGCGGUGACCAAGAGCAGGCCCACAGCAGCUCUGACAUGCAGCAGCAGCACACGCGUUUGAACCCUCACGACGACAGCCCCCUGCACCACCACCAUCACCACCACCACCACCACCUCAACUCACCCCUAUCUCAGGGACUCAGCACUUUACUGGGACACAAGCACUGGCACGUGGUCCAGAUUCAUAGCACAUACUUAGAGAGCAACUGGCCAAUACGGUUUGCAGCCAUAGACACAGCAGGGCAGUGCAUGGCUGUCGCGGGAAGGCGGGGCUUUGCACACUAUUCCUUGUAUACCCGGAAAUGGAAACUGUUUGGAAACAUCACUCAGGAGCAGAACAUGACAGUGACAGGCGGUCUGGCUUGGUGGAACGACUUUGUGGUGGUGGCUUGUUACAAUUUCAUUGACCAGCAAGAGCAGCUGAGGCUGUAUCAGCGCUCGUCCAACCUGGAUAACGCCUUUGCGUUAGUCACCAAACUGCACUCUGACACGCUGCUGCUAAACGUUUUCCGGGACAUGGUCAUCCUCUUCAGAGCCGACUGCUCCAUCUGCCUCUACAGCAUUGAGAGGAGGAGCGACAGCCCAAACCCGUCGGUCAGUGUGGAACUGCUGCAGGAAGUGUCCAUGUCCCGCUACAUCCCUCACCCCGCCCUGGUGGUCUCCGUCACGCUCACCUCCGUGCGCACUGAGACGGGCAUUGCGCUGAAAGCCCCGCAGCAGGCCUGCAUGGCGGAGAGCAUCAUGUUGAAUCUGGCCGGCCAGUUGAUCAUGCUACAGAGGGACCGCUCCGGGCCUCAGGUACGAGAGAAGGAGACGUCCGUCAACAACAAGAAGCUGCUACCGUUCUGCCCGCCGGUGGUGCUGGCCCAGUGCGUGGAGAACGUGUGGACCACCUGUCGCUCGGACAGGAAAAAGCGCCACCUGCUGGAGGCUUUGUGGCUCUCCUGCGGCGAAGCGGGCAUGAAGGUGUGGAUGCCGCUGUUCCCGCGAGACCACCGCAAGCCCCACUCCUUCCUGUCGCGCCGCAUCAUGCUCCCCUUUCACAUUAACAUUUACCCGCUGGCCGUGCUGUUCGAGGACGCGCUGGUGCUGGGGGCCACCAAUGAGACGGUGCUGUACGACGGGCUGCAGGGGUCCUCCGAGCCGCUGGAGGCUCUCUUUCCUUUUUGCACGGUGGAGAGGACCUCGCAGAUCUACCUGCACCACAUUCUCAGGCAGCUGCUGGUUCGCAAUCUGGGUGAACAAGCGCUGAUGCUGGCCCAGUCGUGCGCCUCGCUGCCAUACUUCCCUCACGUCAUGGAGCUGAUGGUGCACGUGGUGCUGGAAGAGGAGGCUACGUCGCGGGAGCCCAUCCCCGACCCGCUGCUGCCCACUGUGGCCAAGUUCAUCACAGAGUUCCCCCUCUUCCUCCAAACCAUCGUGCACUGCGCCCGCAAGACGGAGUACGCCCUGUGGAACUAUCUGUUCGCCGCCGUGGGGAACCCCAAGGAUCUUUUUGAAGAAUGCCUCAUGGCUCAAGACCUGGACACAGCCGCCUCUUACUUGAUCAUACUGCAGAAUAUGGAGGUUCCGGCCGUGAGCAGACAGCACGCCACCCUGCUCUUCAACACGGCGCUCGAGCAGGGCAAGUGGGACCUCUGCCGUCACAUGAUCCGUUUCCUGAAAGCCAUUGGUUCGGGGGAGAUGGAGACGCCACCCCCAACGCCCACCACACAAGAGCCCAGUUCAACCGGCGGGUUUGAAUUUUUCCGAAAUCGCAGUAUCAGUUUGUCUCAGUCUGCUGAGUCGGUGGCUACGGGCAAGUUCAGCUUACAGAAGACCUUCAGCAUGCCCGCCGGACCUUCCAGUAAAGGACGGGACGGCGAGUGCGCCGAGAACAUGUACAUUGACAUGAUGCUGUGGCGCCACGCCCGCCACCUUCUGGAGCAGGUGCGCCUCCGCGACCUGGGCUGCUUCUCGGCCCAGCUGGGUUUCGAGCUCAUCGGCUGGCUGUGCCGCGAGCGCAACCGCGUGGCCCGCGUGGAUGACUACGUCUUGGCCCUAAAGAGACUCCAUAAGGACUUCCUGUGGCCGUUCCCGGUCAUUCCCGUGGCGAACCUCAGCUCGCCGCUAAAGAACGGACGCUGUCGCCCCGUGCUGAGCACGCGGCUCCUCAAGUCCCAAUCUGCCGACAACCUGCUGAACAGCAACAUGGACACGGCGUCCCCUCCCGCGCCUCCCGCCGACCAUGCCUGGAUGGACGGCCUGAGCCAGAGGAGCAAAGACAUGGACGCCGCCUCCACCGCCGCAUCCAACCGACACUCGCCACAGACGCACGACGCCUUCCUGUCGCUGCUCACCAACAAAGCGGAGGAGUACAGCAUCGGCUCGGCAACAGACCUGACGGAGAGCAGCUCGGUGGUGGACGGUGAUUGGACCAUGGUUGACGAGAACUCGUCCACGUUGAGCCUGAGCCAGGCCGAGCUGGAGCACAUCUCCAUGGAGCUGGCCAACAAAGGACCGCACAAGUCGCAGGUGCAGCUCAGGUACCUGCUGCAUGUCUUCAUGGAGGCGGGCUGCCUGGAGUGGUGCGUCAUCAUCGGCUUAAUACUGCGCGACGCCAACGUCAUCAAGCAGGCCAUCGGGUUCCUGACCAGUCCCGAAGUUCCCGUCGAAACCGUGCAGAGCGUACGGAGUGGACUAUUGGCUGUGGAUGCCUGGACCUCCACUGACUGCUUGGGCUACAAACCGUUCCUCGGCGUGAUCCAACCUCAUCUGCAGCAGCUGAUGGCGUCCGCGGCAGCCGAACAAGUGCAGCCGGAGGCCUUUCAGCCUUCGGCCUGCCAAAGCACCAAGAUCAGCGUCGGCGAGAUCCCGGGGGGCGUCACCUCGGCCCGGCCUGAGGACGGCGGGGGCGGAAGGUGCACGGCGGCUGCACCCCUGGGACUACUGGCGCUCCCCUCUCUGGAGUCCAAACCAAUCACAGAGGACCGAGCCCCCGAUCAGAUGGAGGAGCGGGUAGAGGAGGAGGGUGCCUAUGACUGUACCUUGUCAUGAACCAAUUUGAGCUUCUUAUUCCACUCAGUAUUAUCAACCCAUGUGGGCAGUGAAUUCAUUUCCGACGUGGGGAGUGAAUUUGUUUCCGACAUGAGGAAAUGAAUUCCUUUCUGACGGCUUCUAUCCCCCCCAAGACUGUAAAGUGCCGUCAGAGUGGAAAUAACCCUCACAAAUAACAAAAAGUGACGUUUCAUACUUUCAUACCUCAUAACAGUUUUAAACAUGUUAUUUUUUCACGGAUGUUAUUUUUCUACACAACCAAAUCAUGAUGUAUGGAAAUCAUAUAUAUUCAAAAAAGGAAAAGUAACAUUUCUACAGUGCAUCUGCUGGACACUCUAAAAUUGUUGCUUUUACCACAUUGUAUUGUGCAUGGAGUAAAUUUUAUUGUGUUGGUCAACAUUUAUGAGGAUUAUUUAUUGUAAUUAUGGUAGUAUCAUCAUUUCUGAAUCAUUUUUUAAUUCCAACAAAAAAAAUUUUUGUUUGUUUGUUUUUUUAAGUUCAUCCAGGUGGUAUAACAUCGUCAGUAUUAUAUUGUGCAAUGUAUCCAAAUGUUACUCUGUUCAUGUGUUUGGCUUCUCGUUUUUAUUUUUUGACCAAAUGCCCACCCUGUUGAGUGGACGGUUACUGUUAAUUCGCGACACAAACAGAAAACGUUUGGAGCGGGGCCGUCGUCACGGCGACGCUUUACUUGAAAAGGAAAAAAAUGCUGACUUGACGAACCAAAGACAUUUUUGUGUGUUUUGUUCAGAUGCCUUCUUUUUUUAAUUUGUUUUUUAAACUCUUUUCGAUGCUGGCACCGGACACAUUAGGGACACCUGCGCCAUUAAAUAGAAUCUAAUACAGACUCCGAGCUGUCGACUGAGCGUACCCGGCUUCUUCUUUCGCCAAGUCAUUAGCAAGCUACAUUCGGACGAGCGCUAUAUUAAGUUUUAUACCCAUUCAAAAUAAAUAUCUGGUCAUUGCUACAGCCUCAAUAAUAAACCCAAAGCGUCGGUGUACCCAAUAUGUACGUCUCGUUUAGGUACUGAAACCCAAAGUGUACAUGUACAGUACUAAAUACUGUACUGUACUACAAGUAUACGCCUAAUACGACAUAGUAGACAUGCGAAGUGCUGUGAAGACAAGCUCACUUGUAUUUUCCUUUUCUACUCAUGUUUCUACUUUUUUUUUUGCUUGUACAUAGACCAAUAAAUUAUUUUACAAAAAGGCUUUGCCUACCUUAAUUAGUUUUGAGUAAUGGGGACUCGUUCUUGGUGGAGUAAACGAACAAAAAUGUUAAAAAAUGCAGUGUCUCACUAUUCAUCGAGUUCGGGGGUCGGCAUGCGCAUGCGGCUAAUUAGCGCCGCCCUAGUGGCUCCUUGUAGCAUGUUUGAAAAUUGAGUAAAACGGGGGAGGUAAAUAUAUUUUUUGUUUUAAUGUGGUUUCUGUAAGAGGACAAACAUGACACAAACAUUCUUAACGUUUUCCAAUGUUGUAAAAAUGUGCAGAAAACAUUUCUGUCAACGAGGAUCUGCGUCACGUUUCAAUUAGCAGGGCGAAGUCAGGUGCCUGUUGUAAAUUAAAAAAAAAAACAUCGAGGGUAUUGACAAGGAAUGGGAAUGUGGAGGGCCGAGAGAAGCAUUUUUAAAAAGUACACGUAUGCUACGAUAGUUGACACGCUGCAAAAGUGCGUCCCAGCCCAUGCCUCGUUCAUUUUAUCGGCCAUAAUGGCUGUAGUUAAUAACAUUCGCACGUGAGCGGGCACCGGUCGAUCAUUUUUUGUGGGGGUCCAAUAUGAUUCUUGAAACAUUUUGGGGUGCCGACCCCUGAUCUAACUCAUUGUAAUAAGAUUUGUAAUUUUUCAAAAUGUUUUCUAAAUUUUCAAUUUGAGGAACUGAAAAUCAUGUAUCGAAUACUGUAUUGCUCACACUGCUAUACAAAGAACUAAAAUUGAAUAGUGAAAAACGUGAUAUAAAUGUGAGGACAUCAUUUGUGUAUUUUUUUUAAUUACAAGUGCUUGUUUCAUUCAAGCGUCAUCAUGUAAAAUCAUCAGUACAGUAUUAAACACAUCCCAAAGUGACAAUCCCAACAGUCCAUUGCCACUCAAAACUGCAUUUUUUUUGUCACAAUCAAAAACCAGAAACAAACAGCAGUUAGCGGUCAAGUGUCAAAUCCAUCAGCCCCCGUACGCCCCCAAAAAUUCAAAUGAUGGAGGUGAUGAGGGUCGGGAAAUAAACAUGGAAAAGGCCUUGGAAGAAUAAGAACAAAGGUAAACAAAGACUAAAAACCAAAAGUGGCUUUUCAAAGUUUGAACUUGGAGAAAAAAAAUGGUUAAGACAUUCGGAUAUGGCUCCCACAUAGUACUUUUUGUGUGUGUUCAUUUGUGUCACCCCCACACC